CAUUUCCUCGAAGGCUUCUCAGGGGAAAGUCCCCGUGGUGCAGUUCCCGCAGCCGGGAUUGCCGCACCGCCUGCUCCCUCCAUAAAACGUCGGGCAGGCAGCGGCAGGCGCGGGCAGGCAGCAGCAGGAGCAGGGACAUCGCACCAUGGGCAACUGGCUGGUCAACCACUGGUUCUCGGCCGCCGUCCUCGCAGCCUGGCUGGGCAUCAACAUCUUCCUCUUCACUUACUACUUUCUGUUCUUUGACCAAGAUGACCGAUAUUUCUACACCAGGGCCAUCCUCGGGUCUGCCUUGGCGUGGGCUCGAGCAUCAGCCAAGUGCCUCAACUUCAACAGCAUGCUGAUCCUGCUGCCCGUCUGCCGCAACCUCCUCUCCUUCCUCCGUGGGACCUGCUUGUGCUGCAGGCGAACGCUACGGAAGCAGCUGGACCACAACCUCACCUUCCACAAGCUGGUGGCCUAUGCCCUGGCCCUGCUCACAGCCGUGCACACCAUUGCCCACCUCUUCAACCUGGAGCGCUACAACCAGAGCCAACAAGCCACUGACGGCAGCCUCCCCGCUGUCCUCUCUAAGAUGCACCUGCAGGACAACAAGUGGCUGAACCCCAUCCACUCUAACGAGACGACCGUCGAGUACAUGGCUUUUACAACCAUCCCGGGGCUGACGGGGGUCAUCAUCACACUGGCGCUCAUCCUCAUGGUUACAUCCUCCACCGAGUUCAUCCGCAGGAACUACUUCGAGGUCUUCUGGUACACACACCACCUCUUCCUUGUCUACUUCACUGGCCUUGUCAUCCACGGCAUUGCUGGGCUGGUGCGUGGGCAGACAGAGCAGAGCAUGGCAGAGGUGGACCCCCAUCGCUGCGCCCAGUACCUCACGCAGAGGGACCAGAACUGCACCCACCACUGCUGCAAAGACCCUGAGUUUGGGAGCAUCCCUGCUGAGUCCUGGAAGUGGGUUCUGGCCCCCAUCAUCCUCUACGUCUUUGAGCGGAUCCUCCGGGUCUGGCGUGCGCAGCAGAAGGUGGUUGUCAAGAAGGUGGUCAUGCACCCUGCCCGUGUGCUGGAGCUGCAAAUGCAGAAGAAGGGCUUCCGCAUGGAGGUGGGGCAAUACAUCUUUGUCAACUGCCCCGCCAUCUCCCCGCUGGAGUGGCACCCCUUCACCCUCACCUCUGCACCCGAGGAGGACUUCUUCUCCAUUCACGUCCGGGUGGCUGGUGACUGGACAGAGCGUCUCAUCAACACCUUCCAGUCAGAGAACCCCAGGAUCGAGGUGGAUGGUCCCUUUGGCACUGCCAGUGAAGACGUGUUCCAGUACGAGGUGGCCAUGCUGGUGGGAGCGGGAAUCGGCGUCACUCCCUUCGCCUCCAUCCUGAAAUCCAUCUGGUACAAGUUCCAGCAGGCUGACCAGACCCUCAAGACCAAGAAGAUCUACUUCUACUGGCUCUGCCGGGACAGAGAAGCCUUUGCCUGGUUUAACGACCUGCUUGCCUCGCUGGAGCAGAAGAUGGCCGAGUCGGGCAAGGCGGACUUCCUCACCUACCGCCUCUUCCUCACUGGCUGGGACACCAGCAUUGCCAACAACGUGGCACUUCACUUUGACACCGCUACGGACACGGUGACAGGCCUCAGGCAGAAAACCAUCUUUGGGCGGCCCAUGUGGAACACAGAGUUUGCAGUAGUGGCUGAAGCCCACCCCAGGUCGGUGGUUGGUGUGUUCCUCUGUGGGCCGGGGGCCCUGGCAAAGAGUCUGCAGAAGUCUUGUCACCAGCACUCCAGUCUGGACCCCAGGAAGGUCAAAUUCUACUUCAACAAGGAGAACUUCUGAGUAGCAGCGAGGCUGGAACCCCAGCGGGCAGGGACGUUGCCCGUCUCACCUCACCUCCUGUGCCAGAGCAAGGCCAGGGAUAAGCAUCUGUGCAUGCAUUGAAGCCAGGCAAGACACAGCAAGGUACUCCUUUCUCCAUGAGAAAUUCCAGGUUCAAAGACUGCUGCCUGCCUGUCCUGGUGUACAAGGGAUCCUCAUGGAGCCAGUGGGCUGGCAGCUCUGCAUGGCCCCUUCACUGACAAACCAGAGACACAUGAUGCAGUGAUGCUGCCAGAGCAGUGGGAAGCAGCAGGAACGCCCAGUGGGCUGGGAAGAACCACAGGACACAGAUGGGACACAGGCAUCAGGGGCCAAACAUGCUCCUCCAGGUUUAAACAGUUCUUUGUGUAAAAG